AAAGUAGACACUCUUUAAAACAAAUCCAGUACUCAAAACAUUGUCCUUAAAUGAGUAAUGAGGUGGCGACACCUAAUUGGUGGCAGUAAUGGAACGAACAUAAAUGCCACGUCAUAUUCAUCCAACUGCAUGUCCUUUCUUGCUGUCUUUCCAAAACGGCUGCCUAUGAGAGAGAGAGAGAGAGAGAAUUUUUUUAAUUUAUUCCUCUGAAAUCCAAUCCGGCAAUCCCUCAUCAAAACGCACAGCAUAGUGUGUUUUUGUGAUUGUGUAAGAUGGGGAGGAAAAGGAGCUCUCCGGCGACUGUGAUGUUUGGAUGGGUUAGGAGGCAGUCCAUGAAGGUCAAGGUCUUUCUGGGAGCAUUGCUUGGGCUUUGUGCUUUGGUGGCAUUGAGAAUUACCAUCAAAGAUCACAAAUAUUUCUACGUUGCCUCUGAAGCCAUUCACGCUGCAGGAAUUAUUGUUCUCAUUUACAAGCUCACCACCCAGAAGACAUGCUCUGGUCUUUCACUGAAGUCUCAAGAACUCACUGCUAUGUUCUUAGCUGUAAGAAUGUUCUGUAGUACCAUAAUGGAGGGUGAUAUUCACACAUUCCUAGAUCUAACUACCUUCCUUUCAACAUUAUGGGUUAUAUACAUGAUACGCUUCAAGUUAAAAUCAACAUACAUUAAAGAGCUAGACAACUUUCCCUUAUAUUUUGUGGUUGUUCCUUCUGCUAUCCUUGCCUUCUUUAUCCGCCCUUACACAGUAAAUUCUCAUCUACGUCGAAUCUUUUGGGCAUUUGGUGUUUACAUGGAAUCUGUUUCAGUGCUGCCUCAGCUCCGUUUGAUGCAAAAUGCUAAGAUGAUCGAACCAUUCACAGCCCAUUACGUAUUUGCAUUGGGUGUUUCAAGAUUUCUGUCGUGUGCUCAUUGGAUUAUUCAGAUUUAUGCGACUAGAGGGAGGUAUCUAUACAUGUUUGGGAGUGGCAACUCCUGGGUACUCGCGGCAUUCAUUGCAGAAAUGGUUCAAACAUUCAUAUUGACCGACUUCUGUUACUAUUACAUAAGGAGUUUCAUGCAAGGCCAGUUGAUAAUGAGAAUGCCCAUUUAGACUUCAAUAUCUCAUGGUCUCUUACAGAGUGGAUGUCCUCAUUUCUGAUCAUCGAUUGUCUUUCUUUUUCUCUAGUUUAUCCUUCUUGUGUUUUUUGUUUAUUUGAACUUGGAGGAACUGAAAUACCCAAAAUUUUGGUGGUAUGUUUUUAUAUUACAGACAGUAAUAUAAAAACAUGUACUUCAUAAUGUGGGAAUACCAUCUCCGUUAUUCAAAAUCUUAACUUUAUCAACUUCUCUUAUA